AGUGUACAUUAUUAUAGCACUAGCAAUGUAAAAGGGGAAGUAAUAUUGUUGACUAUUCGUAAAUAUGGCAGACUGGGAAGAGGUUAAACGGCUUGCAGCAGAUUUUCAGAGGGCCCAGUUAAGUGUAGCGAAACAAAGACUUUCAGAAAGGAAUGUAAUUGAACUGGUCUCAAAACUUGUGAAUUUAAAGCUGAUAGAUGUUAUCUACACAUUAGAUGGGAAAGAAUAUUUAACUCAUCAGGAGUUGUAUAAAGAAAUAACAGAUGAGUUACUUGUAAACGGGGGUAGGAUUAACCUGGUGGAUUUACAGCAGCUGUUAAAUGUUGAUUUCAGUCAUAUAGAAAGUAAAGCAUCAGAGAUAAUAAAACAUGAGAAGAACAGAAGUUUAGUGCUUGGACAGUUAAUUGAUAUAUCCUAUCUUGACAAAAUAGCUGAAGAAGUAAACGACAAACUUCAAGACCAAGGUCAUGUGACCAUACCAGAACUUACCAAGUUGUAUGAUCUUCCUGCUGACUUUCUGUCUGAGCAUAUACACGAUCGUGUUGGGAAGAUUAUUCAUGGACAUGUAGAUGCCUAUGACAGAGAUGUUAUAUUUACUGAAUCAUUCAUAACACGCAUGAAGGCACAAAUCAGAGGAACAUUCAGUGCGAUAACCAGACCAACAGUCAUACAAAGUAUAAUGUCCAGACAUAGUUUUCAGGAAAGAUUAUUUUAUUCAUUAUUAGAAGAUCUAGUAAAUACAGGUCGACUUGCAGGAUCUAUCUCUGGAGGAAGACAUGAAAAAGCCUUGUAUAUACCUAAUAUCUACACUAAAUCUCAAAAUGAGUGGGUAGAUUCCUUCUAUAAACAGAAUGGAUAUUUAGAAUAUGACUCCUUGAUCCGACUUGGAAUAGCAGAUCCAAAGUCUUAUAUAAAAAGAAGAUUCAAAGAUGAAGCAAUGACAUAUCUUGGGACGUGUUGUAUUGGAGUUGCUAUAAAAGAUCAGGUUGAGGCUAGUGUAGAGGAAGCUGAUACUAAUGAUACAUGGAUUGAUAUAAUGCCUUUACUGCCUUCCAUAUUUAGUAUGGAAGAUGUUAAACAGAUUUUAACUGAAUGUUCAAAGAAGUAUCCACACACUGCUGUAUGCUGUGAUACAAUAGUAACCAGUGAUAAAUUUUUACAGAAGUGGAACGAACCAUUCAAAGAUUUGGUUAUCAAAAAGGCUGAAAUGGAUGUAAGAAACAAUCCUUCCUUAUUCUCCAAUGAAGCAUCAAAAGGAAGUGGGAAAUUCUCAAAGAUAGACGAUGGUGGUAAAGAGGAUAGAAAGGAUCAGAGAAAAAAAAAAGCUGCAGGUGUUUCUAAAAGUGGUGGUGGAACUCAGGGUAGGGAAGUUAAAACCAGGUCAACCAAAAAGAAGUUCAAAGCUCAAGAGAGAGAUGAUUCAGAUGAUGAUGAUGCAACAAAUUCUAUGAAAGAAAAACAACAAGCAACCCAGUUUAUGUCUCUGGAAGAAUUAGAAAAUCAUCUUAAAAAACAGACAGAAUUGGAGGAUUGCCCUGACAGCUUCAUAGCUGAAAUAGCUCUACAACUUCACAGACCAUUGACAAGGCAAUACCAGGAAGCUGCUAAGUCUGUGUUCCUUACUCAAUCUGGUACCGGUACUGCAAGGAAGAAGACUCAUGGGGAACUACAAGAAAAAAUAUCAGGUCUUUGGACUAGCUGUUGUUUGUUUGAAAAAGGAAUGAAGCAAUUUAAUGAGGAAACAUCUGCACAGCUUGUCAAGCAUUUAUUGAAGACUGUUUGUUCUGAUAUUACCAACAUAGUUGUCAGUGCAGUAGCAACAGAACACAUGAUGUCAGUCCAAGAAGAUGCACAGUUAACACCAGAAGGAAGAGCUGCAAUAAUUGUUAAACUACCAGAUAACAUCCAGCAAAUUUUGAGUAAACUUAACACAUCUCUCAACGGAAAGUCUCUAGAAGAGUUUAACAACCAGUUAAAUAUAAUCUGUAGUCCAGAACAUCUUGGAGUAAUGCUGAAAAAAACAGACAAGAAAAAAGAAAGGCAGUUGGUGUUUAACCAGAGACAAGUUUUACUGGAACAAUUAAAGUCUGAAACUGAUCCUGCAGUGGCAUUACAUUUGUCAUCAGUUAUUUUAAUCCAUACAUAUACACAGAAUAUUGUCCAUAUUCCUGGAAAAUGUGUUCCUCUACUCAUAGAGUUUCUUAAAUCGCACAUGGAGGCUGAUAAAUAUGAUGUACUACAUAACCAGCAGGAUUUAAUAAUGAAGAUGAUGAAAGUCCAGGGAAAUGAAGAAAAGAAAGAUGAGUUUUCAUCCUUGGAGUCAGAAGCUAAAUUACAAAUGGAUGAAAUAAAAAAAGUUGUGAUUAUGGGAAAGAAAUCUAUAGUGACAGAGAACUAAAAUAUAUACAAAAAGACAUCCAAUACACUCAGAUUCAAAUUGAAAUUGAUUCAAAACAGAUAUAAAAUUUAUGUGCAAUAUAAAUAUCUUUUGUACACAUUUGGUGAACAGGCUUUUUAAGCGUCACCAUGGAUUAGAACAAUCAAAUUUUAGUGAUGUGAAUGCCUUGUCUACUCUGCAUAAAUAGAAACUUUGUAAAAUCUUAAGUGAAAAUUGAAAUAUUGGAGGUACAAAAAAUGUAUAAUAUGAAAUAUCCUGUAACAAAUUACUAUUAAGAUGAAAUAUCAUCAGUGAUUUCCCCUAUUAGUCUUUUUUUAAUUUAUACUUCUCAAAAUGCUGUGCAGAAUUUAUCAGUGUUUCUUGGCAUGAGUAAAGUUUUAUUCUAUCCAGUACUAAGACAAAAGUUUCUCAAAACAUAUCAUUGCUUUUAAGAAAAAAAAACAUCACCAGAACUUCCAGAAGUUAACCAAUCAAUUGUUCACCCCCUUUUUAUCAUGUGCACAAGCAUAAGUAACCAUGUAACCUAAAUAUUCGUUAGAAACACCAAAUAAAAAAUAAUGGUGCUUUGAAACACCCAAUAUAUGUGUUUAUGACCCACAAUUUUUUUACUGCAAUGUAUUACAGGGUUAAUUUACUACAACUUGAAAAUUCAAUAAAUACCACUUAUAGACCUCAGGGGCGGAUGCAGGAAUUUUCGAAAGGGGGGUGCUAACCCAGGGCAAAGGGGGGGUGCAAAACAUAUGUCCCGAUACAAAAGCAUUGAUCGGCAAAAAUAAAGGGGGGGGUGCACACCCCCGGAACCCCCCCUCUGGAUCCGCCACUGGACCUCUUUGUCUUCAUUGUAAGAUUUCAACUUUUUAAGCCAAUAAAUAAAAAUUAUCAGGUAACUUUCACUCAUUGAUGUAAGAAAUGUGAUAAUAAAUGAGUAAUUAAAGUAUUCAAGCUGAA